UAAUUUCUCUGACUAUUGUAUUGCAGCUGUUGAAAGUGGACGGAUAGAUGUAUUGAAGUUGUUGCUUCAACAUGGAGCAAAUGUCAAAGGAUCCCAUUCUAUGUGUGGAUGGAAUUCCUUGCACCAGGCUUCUUUCCAGGGAAGUGCUGAGGCUAUGAAACUGCUUCUUAAGCAAGGAGCAGACAGAGAAUGCCAAGAUGACUUUGGAAUCACACCUCUGUUUGUGGCUGCUCAAUAUGGGAAGCUAGAGAGCUUGAGCAUGCUUAUUUCAUCUGGUGCAAAUGUCAAUUGCCAAGCCUUGGAUAAAGCUACCCCAUUGUUUAUUGCUGCACAAGAGGGUCAUGCAAAAUGUGUGGAGCUUUUGCUGUCCAGUGGGGCAGAUCCUGAUCUUUAUUGUAAUGAAGACAAUUGGCAAUUACCUAUUCAUGCUGCUGCACAAAUGGGCCAUACAGAGACCUUGGACUUGUUAAUACCACUUACUAACCGGGCUUGUGACACUGGACCAGACAAAGUUAGCCCUGUUUACUCUGCAGUGUUUGGAGGACGGGAAGAGUGCCUGGAAAUGUUACUGCAGAAUGGCUAUAGCCCAGAUGCACAAAUGUGCUUGGUAUUUGGAUUCAGUUCCCCUCUGUGCAUGGCUUUCCAAAAGGACUGUGAGUUUACUGGAAUUGUGAAUAUUCUUUUGAAGUAUGGAGCCAAGUUAAAUGAACUUCAUUUGGCAUACUGCCUCAAGUAUGAGAAGUUUUCAAUGUUUUGCUGUUUUUUGAAGAAAGGUUCCCUGAUGGUACCUUGGAAUCAUACAUCUGAAUUUGUAAGUUAUGCAGUUAAAGCACAAACAAAAUACAAGGCAUGGUUGCCACAUCUCCUGCUUGCUGGAUUUGACCCAUUGAUUCUGCUGUGCAGCAGUUCUUGGGUUGAUUCAGUCAGUGAUGACAUCCUUAUCUUUACUUUGGAAUUUUCUAAUUGGAAGAGACUUCCUUCAGCUGUUGAAAAGAUGCUCUCUGUUCGUGCAAACUCCUCUUGGGCUCUUCAACAACAUAUGGCCACUGUUCCAAGCCUAACCCAUCUUUGUCGUUUGGAAAUUCGGGCCAGUCUAAAAGCAGAGCACCUUCAUUCUGACAUUUUCAUCCAUCAGUUGCCACUUCCCAGAAGUCUGCAGAACUAUUUGCUCUAUGAAGAGGUUUUAAGAAUGAAUGGCAUUCUUGAACCAGCAGCUAAUCAUGAUGGUGAAAUCAGCAAGGCCACCUCACACAGGUCUUAAUUUAAUUCUGUUUAGUCACAAAGGAUGGCUUGUGUGAUUGUUUGCAUUGGUGAUAAUAGGAAAUGUCCAUGUUUACAGCUAUUUUUCCCAGUUUGUCUCUUUCCCAAUAUUGUGAACCUUAUUCAUCUUGCCUUACUCAGUUUUAUUUCUAGUGCGCUUUGUUGUGUAUUAUUUGUUACCUGACCAUUUUCUACUUUAUUCUACUAAUAAACUGUGAUUCUG